GAGGGCGCAUUUGAUCUUCAUCCAUUUACGAAUCUGGCAAAAUGACGAUGGAGAGUGAUCUUUUACCAAGAGCGGAAGCACACGAAAAUUCGGUUGGUCACAAUGAUGAUCAAGAAAGGAAUAGAACUCGAAACCUCAACCUUGCUGGUCAUGUGGGCUUUGAUAGUCUUCCGGAUCAGUUGGUCAAUAAAUCUGUCAAUCAGGGAUUCUCAUUCAAUAUCCUCUGUGUGGGUGAGACCGGUCUUGGCAAAUCAACGUUAAUGGACACCUUGUUCAACACAGAGUUUGAGAAUGUACAAGCAACCCACACACUGCCUGGUGUAGAACUCAAGGCUAAUACAUAUGAGCUGCAAGAAUCUAAUGUAAGACUGAAGCUUACCAUAGUGAAUACUGUUGGAUUCGGUGACCAGAUCAACAAAGAUGAAAGUUACAAGUCCAUUGUUGAGUACAUUGAUAGUCAGUUUGAGAACUAUCUCCAGGAAGAGCUGAAGAUCAAGAGAGCAUUCCACAUGUACCAUGAUACCCGUAUCCAUGCUUGUCUAUACUUCAUUGCACCAACCGGCCAUUCCCUCAAGUCAUUGGACCUGGUCACCAUGAAGAAGCUAGAUAGUAAGGUCAAUAUCAUCCCUGUCAUUGCUAAGGCUGAUACCGUCUCAAAGAGUGAACUUCAUAGAUUCAAAAUCAAGAUCAUGAGCGAGCUUGUGAGCAAUGGAGUUCAAAUCUACCAGUUCCCUACCGAUGAUGAGACUGUUGCAGAUCUCAACUCAUCCAUGAAUGGCCAUCUUCCCUUUGCUGUAGUAGGAAGUACAGAAGAAGUGAAGAUGGGUAAUAAGAUGGUGAGAGCCAGGCAGUACCCAUGGGGAAUCGUUCAAGUUGAGAAUGAGAACCACUGUGACUUUGUGAAGCUUCGUGAGAUGCUGAUCAGGACUAACAUGGAAGAUCUUAUUGAACAAACACACACUCGUCACUAUGAGCUUUACAGGAGAUGUAAACUAGAGGAAAUGGGCUUUGUUGAUACUGCUGCUGACAAUAAACCAAUGAGCCUGCAACAAACAUAUGAGCUGAAGAGAGAGGAACACAUAAAGGCUCUGCAGAUCAAAGAAGAUAAGAUGAGACAAGUGUUUGUAGAACGUGUCAAGGUCAAAGAAGCACAACUCAAACAAAUGGAGAAAGAGCUCCAUGAACGGUUUGAUAAGAUGAAGAAGGAGUACACCGAGGAGAAGAAGAAGCAAGAUGAACAGAGUCGUCUGUUGAAGGAAGAGAUCAACCUGUUCAAUCAGAAGAAGCAACAAGCUGCUGAUGAUGCUGCGCUACAUGCCUCUCAAACCCUUCCUGCCAAGAGCAAGAAGAAGUGAGCUCAGAUCUUUGUGAUAUGAUAAUAUACAGCAUUGUGGGAUUGGUUCUGGGAAACACACACACAAUGUCAUUUUAUACAAGAAGUCAGGUUUUUAUGUACGACCUUCCCAUUAUUGUCGCGUGACAGGGGGCCCGUAACACAAAGCUUAGCAAUCAUCGUAGUACAUUUUUCUACGAUUGAUUCCAUUGACUACAAUGUACAAUCAAUCAUGAAAAUCCAUCGUAUGAUUAAUCGCUAGCCUUUGUGUUACAGGACCAUGGUCUCAAUUGGCUGGGGGGGUGGUUCUCUUUUUUUUUAGAUGUCUCCACCUUGUAACUAAAAGCUUAGCGAUUGAUCAUGGAACCAAUUUUAUGAUUGAUCAUACACAAUAAUCAAUGACAUCAAUUGUUGAAAGGAGGCCCAUGAUCAAAUGCUAGCCUAUUCUGUUACAGGGCCCGGGAUGAAGAUUUGCAAAGAAUUGGCGAUCUCACAUACAAACAUUCAUAAAUGUUCCAUUUUGCUAGAUUUAUUUUAAAUCUUUUUCUCAAGUUCCCUCGCUUUGUAUUUCCCGUCAAUCAAAUGGGAUUGCAUAUCCAAAAUCACUCAGUCGGAAUUGAAAGAGUACUGUUGUUGGUCGAUAAGUGAAGGUGAAAACUAGAUGGUGUUGAAAACCAAGUUGUUUUCUAUUAGUAGGUGAAUAUCGGGUUUAAUGGAUGCAGAUAUAUAUAAAGCACGCUUUAGGUGCAAUCCGUGUAAACACGAUAUUUAUUACUUCUUAUUUACACAGAGUCCAUAUGAAGAUGUUGAAUUCAUGAAGAACUGUGAAAUAAAGUCCAGACUUCGCCAAGGUGGUCUUGAAAACCAUUGGUUGAACCCAUGGAUUUAGCAGAUUUACUGUAUAAAUGGGUUCAACCAAUGGUUACGUAAACCACCUCUGUGAAUUUGGGCCAAAGUAUUUGAAGCAGGGGGAUGUUUCACAAAGAUUGAAGUAUGACUUAAAUCGCACUUUAAUGGUGACGCGUAUCUGAAAUGCAACACGCAAUCUAAUUGAUUAUUAAGUAGUAGUGUGCGUCCUCUUUGCAUGAUCUGACCAAUGCGGCCAUGCCUUUUAUACCACACACAACUAGGCAUUUAAGUGCGACUUUAAGUCAUACUUAAAUCUCUGUGAAACACCCCCCAGGUCCUACCAGACCUACAUGUAGUUAUGCUUUAUUGACAGAUGUUGCUGGGAAAACAGAAGAUAGCAAUGCUGCAAUACAUACAUUUUUGCAUUCUUUGGUCACUUUUUAAGCAUAUUCAAUAUGUUUAUCAUUAAUAUUCUUAAGGAAAAGCGAAUGGAUUUAGAAAGAUGAAUUCAUGAUAUUGGACCAAGCCGUUCUGAAUGUUGUAACGUGAGAUGUAUUUUGUUACCUGUCUCAUAUAUGCCACUCAAUCAAAAUAUAUUAAUGUAGUAUUAGAGGGUAUUCUUGUUCACAAUUUGUACAGGUUGUACAAGGUUCAUACAGUGUACAUAGAGUGUAUUAGAAGGAAAAUGAUCUUUUUCUACAUAUUCAAUCAGAUGUUCAAGAUAGACAAUAGAUGUAAUAAUCAGAGGAAAUAUAUUUUCUGGUAAUUUUUGUCAAUGAAAUCUUUGAAGUAAGAAUGUGCACUUAUUGUAUGAUGUAAAACUGUAGGAAAUGAGGGAUUUCAGGAGAAAUCAUCCGUAAUUUCGGCAUCAAAAUCACAGAAAAGUAGAUCAGAAAAAAUGCCUCGUGUAACUUUGCUGAAGAUAUGAAUGUUACAUAUCCAUUUAUCGUUUCAAGAGCAAUUUUCUUUAUAAUUCACACAGCCCUGUCACCAUUAUAGUUGCCUUAUAUACAAAUUUGGAUACAAAUAUGUUUUUUUUACCGAUUCUGUAAUCAAUAUUUCCCACCAAGCCAUGAGUUCAUUGAGUUGUAACCAUGUUCUAGUGCUGCACUGACAUGUUAUUCCUUACAUAAUCAUAUAUUUAUCAUUUUGACUAUUUCCUUGUAAAUUUAUGUAUUUGCUAUUAAAUUGCUAAUCAUUAUUACUAACAACCAUAUACAUAUAGUAGAAUGUACAAUAUAGAUUCUUCUCACAAUUAUGAUCGAGUCAAUUUUAAAUCAAUUUAUGAAGGAAUGAUUGCCUAGAAAGAUUUAGUGAUUAGGAAGUGGGAUAAGAUUUAGAAAUUAGAAAAAAAUGAAUAGAAAAAAAUGAAGGUUUGCAUGAAGAAAAGGAGCACGUGAAUAUUGAUCAAGAAUGCAAACUUAGCUCUUCCAUUUUUAUUGUCUAUGAAUAUUUAAAGUAUAAUGACGUCGUACAAAAUAUCAUUUUGUAGAUUUCUUGUUUUUAUUUAUACUGGUGCUAUGAAACAUAAAAUAGCAUGCCAACUAAAAUGGAAACACAAAUGCAGCCAGAAGUUGAUAAUAGAAAGUGAUAGCAUACAUACUCUAUAUGUGAACCGUAUCACUAAUCUAAAUUGUAUAUAUUAUUUUUCAUGUUUUUUUUUUUAGUUUGUGCAGAUGUAUUUAUGUCAUUUAUGCUACUCUUACUUUUAAAAACAUAUUAUGCAAGUAUUUAUUUUCUGUUAGCUCUUACUAAAUACCAUGUUAAUAGGCCAUUGUUUUCUCUCACUGUUCCUUUUUUAUUCUGUUUAGUGGUUCUAACUGUUGGUUUGUUCAAAAUUAGGAGAUGUGAUUUUAAUCAUACUAUUUGGAAGGUUUAUCAACGUGAAGUGUAUUUUUUUUUUUUUGGGGGGGGUAAAUAACCAUUGCUGGUCUUCUUUAAUCAUCAAACAAAAGAUAUUCACAGUGCUAACAUUUGCCUCCAUUUCUGGAGGGAAAUACAUGGUUUUCUGGAUACUACACGUGAAGUGUAUGAAACAGAGGUUUUGCACAUUAUAUAACCAAAUUUGGAAUUAAAGUGGGAUUUGUAUAUUUGUAACAUUUUAUUAUAAAAUCAUUUGGAUGGGACUGUAAAAAUUCCUGAAGUUGAAAGUAGUAUCUGACCCUUUGAAAAUUUGAAUUGUUAAAUUGCCAUACUUUUCAUAAUGGGAAUUAGCCUUGUUGUAAUUGUAUUUUGAAAGUCCUACAAUGAAACUGUUUUUUUCAACCCAGAGCAUUUCUAUGGAGAAAACAUGUAAAGGCUAUUAAUUCAGAAUGUUGCAUCUGCAAAUAGCUAUUUUAUCUAUAUGUCAGAUAUAGAAGUCAGUACAUAGUGAAAACCCUGAAAUACCCAAAAUGCACUGGCAAAGGACAUAGGUCAUAGUUCUGAUUUACCUUUAAAAUCUGGAUUUGUAGAAUAGAAAAAUUUAUUAACUCUUUGUUUUGAAGACAAAUAUUUGUAUGCUGCUCCUGUGGAAAGGAGUCAAAAUAUUUAUGAAUAAAACUCAAUAAU